CUCUGUUUCUUGAGUUACCAGUUUUUUUGUUUUUGGUUAUUAAUAUAUAUUUCACCUUGAAAAAUGGCUGCGAAACGGCUUCUUAGUGAAUCUUGUUCCGACCCAGAUGAGCCAAAGGAGAAACGGAUGAGACCUAGACCUUCUUUUGCUUCUGUGAUUGGGGAAGCUGUUAUGGUGAAUUGUUUGUGCUCAGCCUUGGAACCAGUCCUUAGAAGAGUGGUGAAUGAAGAAGUGGAGCGUAGUCUUCAACACGGACUCCGUUCUUUCAGUAGGUCCCCAUCUCUUCGAAUCCAAGCACCGGAACCAUCAACUCUUCAGCUAAGAUUCCGUCAGGGCCUUUCUCUACCAAUCUUUACAGGAAGCAAGAUCAUGGAUGAAGAGAGCAACCAACUUCAAGUCCUUUUGGUUGAUACAAGGGGAGACCAAAGGGUGCCGGUGCGUCUUCCCAACCCAAUUAAAGUUGAUAUUGUCGUUCUUGACGGAGAUUUUCCAUCGGGGGAUGGUAACAGUUGGACAGGUGAAGAGUUUGAUAGAAACAUCGUGAGGGAAAGAACUGGGAAACGGCCCUUGCUUACCGGAGAAUUAGCAGUCACGGUGAGGGAUGGAGUUGCUACGAUAGGAGAGAUUGAAUUUACAGAUAAUUCGAGCUGGAUUCGGAGCCGGAAAUUCAGAAUUGGUGCAAAAGUUGCACAAGGGAGUUUCCAAGGCGUUCGGAUUCGAGAAGCCAUGACUCAAGCUUUUGUUGUCAAAGACCAUCGUGGUGAAUUGUACAAGAAACAUCAUCCGCCAAUGUUGGGGGAUGAAGUUUGGCGUCUAGAAAAGAUUGGAAAGGAUGGAGCAUUUCAUAAAAAGCUAACCUCUAAGGGCGUUAACACAGUGCAAGACUUCUUGAAAAUGUGGGUUGUCGAUCCAGCCAAGCUCAGAAGGAUUUUAGGCUCUGGAAUGUCUGAAAAAGUGUGGGAGGUUACAAUCAAGCAUGCGAAAACUUGUGUUAUGGGCAACAAACAUUAUAUUUUUCAAGGCUCCGAUUACGCAAUCUUCUUGAAUCCCAUUUGCCAAGUCAUAAAAGCGGAGAUUAAUGGGAGCAUAUAUCCUAUUCACAACCUGAAUAAUAUUAACAGAGCAUAUCUUGAAAAUUUGGUCAGACAAGCAUAUGUAAAUUGGUCCUCCUUGGAAGAGAUAGAAGGAAUUUCUAAUGAGAUUGGCCUGCUGACACAAGGUGGUCAUAUGGUAGAUCCUUAUCCCAAUCAUCAACAGAUCAUUGUGAGAUCAUUUCAACAAAAUGGGUAUUUGACAGAUAGUUUGAUAGCGGGAAAUAUGCCAAGCGAAAUGCAAGCAGAUGGCGGUAAUUGGCAAAUAAGUCAGACUUAUUUGAACACCACCCCAAUCGAAAAUGGGAUUCGAUUGAACAUCUUGGAGUCGAAUUCUGAUGAUGAUUUGACUUCCCCAAGAUCCUUCAUCACAGGGGGUUAAUGGUGUGAAUUAUGUAUCAAUGAGUAGAAGCAAACAGUGAGAUGUGAUCAUCUUUGUGUCAACCGUUGAAGCAUUUAGCAUAAAUUAGGAAGAUAAGGUGCAAAUAUAAUUUGCCUUCUUUUUUUUUUUUCUUGCUUUCCAAUUCUAGGUUUCUAAGCGACUGUAUACUUAUUGUAAAUAAUAACAACACAAAGGCAUAUCCAGUGCCGAAGAGGCAUAGUGAAAAUGUCCUUGAAGCAUUUCCAAAUUGAAUUUUCAGAGUUUCCCAAUCAUUGAUACAAUAAAACAACUUUUGUUCUGGCAACACAAGUACAGAACCCCUUGACUAUUCACCAGACAAAAAGCAAUAGGGAAAAGUGCCAGAGUUCAAGGCCCGUUUAAGUUCUUGUUCAAUGCCUCAAUCUGCCCAUACUU